AUGAUCAUUUUACAAAGUGUAAAGUUCAUAGAAAAUAACUAUUUCUGCUGGAGUAACAGAUUUAGAUAUCCUUUCACGAUGUGCGAGUCGAAAACCUCUGGAUAUCCAAAGAAUAAUCGAUACGUUUACGAUACUAAAAACUUUAACCCAGAUGAUAUCACUACAGUUUACAAACACCCAGACGUCACUCACAUUUGCGAGUACAUAAAAGAUAAAUUCUAUUUUGCAACACUGAGCAAUGGUCGAAAAGAUGUAAAAAGUACAUCUUACAUUCACUUUUUUACAACUGACGAGGAAUUGGUUUACAACAAUUUUUACAAUGAUUUUGGUCCCCUGAAUAUCGCCUGUUUGUAUAGAUAUUGCUGCAAGGUAAACAAGAAGCUGGAGAGUCCAGGGAACAAGAAUAGGCAAAUUGUUCACUAUACUUCACAUCGAGAUCACAAAAGAGCAAAUUCCGCGUAUUUGGUCGCUUCUUACGCGGUGUUAUUCUUAAAGAGGAGUCCUAGAGAAGCUUACAAUACUCUGUUCAUGGGCGGUGAAGUUCCUAUAAAGUCGUUCAGAGAUGCUUCCAUGGGAUCAGCCAUUUACAACAUUCAUAUUUUAGAUUGUUUGAAUGCGCUUAAAAAGGCAGCCUCGUUCGGCUUUUUCAAUUUCGCCGAUUUCGACGUGAACGAAUACGAAAAGUACGAAGAUAUGAGAAACGGAGAUAUGAAUUGGUUGAUACCGCAGAAAUUUCUAGCUUUCCUUGGUCCGAGCACGGAGCCAGGAACACCUUAUCAUCCACCCGAAUGUUACAUCGAUUAUUUUCUGAAGAACAGAGUGACAACAGUGGUUAGGCUGAACAAGAAAGUAUACGAAGCGUCGAGAUUCACAGGGGCAGGAAUCACGCAUUACGAUAUGUUCAUGCCAGACGGCACGGUACCACCGAGAAGAAUACUGAAUGAAUUUUUACAACUCAGUGAAAAUAGUAGUGGACCGAUAGCGGUACAUUGCAAAGCUGGAUUAGGAAGAACAGGUUCGCUGAUCGCAGCCUACUUAAUAAAACAUUACAAAAUGAGCGCAAGAGAAGCUAUUGCUUGGAUCAGGAUUUGCAGGCCUGGCUCUGUUAUUGGACACCAACAAACCUGGUUGGAAAAUAUGGAGAAGAAUUUGGUGAAUGCUGGCCAACAAUAUAAAUUGAAGUACUAUAGCGAUGGCGACGUAAUACUGCACCACAAACACGGAAUAUAUUCGAUCGCCGACAAGUUGGAAAGGAAAACACACUGCACGCCCGAGGGUGGGUGUACAGAAAGUAAGAAAUACGACAGUCAAUCAGUUGAGAAGAGGACUAAAACGAAGCUUACGAGAAUUUUAGGAAAACUGAAGAAUAUCAGAGGAUCGGACGAUUCAGAGAGACCUGCAACGAAAUACAAGAACGUCGACACACGGAUCAUGACACAGGGAGACAGAUUAAACGAAAUCAAGAUGAACUGGUGCAAAUCGUCUCGCAGUUCGGAAUUGAAACAGAAGAAUUACAUCGCGUACGGAUUGGACGCUUUGAAAAACGCGCGCAAAAGAAAGUAA